AUGACGUCCUACAUCCCAUCUCUCACGCUCCCCGCCAGCAUCUUCCAGUCGCCCGCCGCCUCGGUCCUCCUCCCCAUCGCCGCAGGCACAGCCAUCGGCUUCUCCACGCGGCCGAAGGAGACACAGGCCACCUACCUCGCCCUCCGCCAGCCCCCGCUCCGCCCGCCGCCAUGGAUCUUCGGACCGGUGUGGACCCUGCUCUACGGCGCCAUGGGCUACGCAGCGCAUAGAGCGUGGACCGAAGGGGUGAAUAGCGUGGAUCCGCAGAAGGUGUUGCUUGCAAAGCACGGCGCGACGCUUUACACCAUCCAACUCGGCUUGAACCUCAUCUGGAUGCCGCUGUUCUUUCGCUUCAAACGCCCGAUCGAGGCCACCGUUGACAUUGUCGCCCUCACCGGCACUGUGGGCUACCUUGCAUACAUCUGGGGUGAAGUGGACGAGGUGUCAGGCUGGCUGUUGGCGCCAUAUUUAGGCUGGCUGGGUUUCGCAACGUAUCUCACCGUGGGAGCGGGUUACCUGAAUGGAUGGAAUUUCAGUGACAAGGAGAAGCUGAAGAGUGCAAAGGGCGGGCGGACGAAGUUUGUCGACGAGAAGCCGUGA